AUGGUCCUCGGCGACGUGAUCAAACGAUGGCAGCUACUAAAAGGCAAUUCCAACGCCAUCUUCCUCACCGGCACAGAUGAGCAUGGAAUCAAAAUACAACAAGCCGCCCAAGAGGCCGGGAUGGAUACACAAGCCUUCUGCGAUAUGAACUGCAAGACAUUCCAGGAUUUGGCAAGAGUAGCAAAUAUUAGUAAUGACCAUUUCAUACGGACUACGGAUGAAGCCCACAAGGACGCGGUACGGUACUUUUGGGAAUCGCUACAACAUCGGGGUUAUAUAUACACAAAGAAGCAUGAGGGAUGGUAUUCUGUGAGCGACGAGGCGUUUUAUCCGCAGUCACAGGUAGAGCCAUCUCUGGAUCCUGCGACUGGCAGAAAACGAAUGAUCUCCACCGAGACCGGCAAAGAAGUCGAGUGGUCGUCAGAGACCAAUUAUCACUUCCGUCUAUCCGCGUUCAAAGAUCGACUUCUCGAGUUCUACGAGCAGAAUCCAAAAUUCAUCCUAUCAAAGAAUCAUAUGAGGCAUUUAGUCAAGACGGUGGGUGAUGACUUACAGGAUCUGUCAAUUUCCAGGCCUGUUGAGCGUUUGACUUGGGGUGUCAGAGUUCCCGGAGACGAUUCUCAGACCAUAUAUGUCUGGCUGGAUGCACUUAUCAAUUACCUGACAAAAGCUGGCUACCCCUUCACUCCAGGGAAGGAAUCCGAGCUGGGCUGGCCAGCUGAUCUUCACAUCGUCGGAAAGGAUAUCGUUCGCUUCCACUGCAUCUACUGGCCUGCCUUCCUGAUGGCCCUCGACCUGCCUGUUCCGCGACACGUCCUUGUGCAUGGCCACUGGACAAUGAAUAGGGCCAAAAUGUCCAAAUCCACCGGCAACGUCGUCAAUCCGUUUUUUGCCAUUGAUCGAUUCUCGGUCGAUAUCAUGCGGUUUUUCCUCAGUCUUCGCGGCCCACUGAGUGAUGAUUCAAACUACGAGAACGGCAACAUUGUCAAUGACUACAAGAAGUAUUUGCAGUAUGGCUUGGGCAAUGUAUAUCAGCGCCUGAUGGGUGUCACGAAAUCGAAAUUCUACCCAAGUAUAGACGCAGCGAAGAAUGGUUUUGGGCAUGAAGCGACCGAAAAUGACAAGGAAUUUGAGCAAUGGCUCCAAGAAUUGCCGUCGGUAGUCGAAAGGUUUAUGGACGCUUUCAACUCCAAGGCUGCUCUUCGCGAGCUUAUGGACGGAGCCAUGAAGACACAAAAUUACUUUCACCGCGCCGCCCCCUGGGAACACAAAGACGACCUCGCCCGCGUCGAUCGCGUCAUCUAUAACGUAAGCGAAUUUCUGCGCAUAUCUGGCAUCUUGCUGCAGCCAUUCAUGCCGCAAAAGGGUUCCGAGCUUCUGGACCGUAUAGGCGUUAGUGCAGAUGCGUCCAAACGCGGGUUUGCGGCUGCAAAGUACGGGGCGGAUUAUGAGUAUGGGAUCGUUGAGAAGCCUGUUGACAGGCGCCAGUUUUUGUUUCCGCCGCUUAUGGUUGAGGAUUAG